AUGACAUCCAAUGAAGAUCAUAAAAGUUCUUCGGCUGAAGAUGGAAGCAGAAUUCCUCCGCCGCCAGGGAAUUCUAUCAAACCCCCAACUCCGUUCAGCAUAGAGGACAUUCUCAGCAAACCCUCGGUGAAGCGUGAUAGCACGAUUUGUGGGACAUCGCACCUGCUUUCUGCUACCAAGCAAUUCAUUCACCCGGUGACCCCCCUGCCUAAAAGGGUCAUUUUCUCUCAGACAUCGCCUUUGUGCGCCUUGGAAGAACUGGCCAGCAAAACCUUUAAGGGUUUGGAAGUGAGUGUCCUUCAAGCGGCGGAGGGAAGGGACGGGAUGACGCUGUUUGGACAGCGUAACACCCCUAAAAAGCGAAGGAAGUCCAGGACAGCGUUCACCAAUCACCAGAUUUACGAACUGGAGAAGAGGUUUCUGUAUCAGAAAUAUCUUUCCCCCGCAGACCGCGAUCAAAUCGCUCAGCAUCUCGGGCUGUCUAAUGCUCAAGUCAUCACGUGGUUUCAGAACCGCCGAGCCAAACUCAAGAGGGAUUUGGAGGAAAUGAAGGCGGACGUGGAAUCAGCAAAAGCACUUGGUGCAGUACCGCUUGAGAAAAUAGCCAAACUAGCAGACCUCGAGCAAAGUGUCAGGCGAACGUUCAGAAAUUCAAACAUAGGGUCUCCAACGCUACUGAGGCGUGAAAACGAAAUUUCGGCCGAUGGGGAGACGUCCCUAUACUCUCCUUCUACCAGCCACUCAAGUAAAGGGUGUUCCGGAGAGGAAGACGUGGAAAUUGAUGUCGAUGAUUGA